CAGCAGAACCCCGCGGAGGCGCCGCGAUGAUGGCGGCCAACCAACCGCCGCCCCCGAAGCCCUGGGAGAACCGGCGACUGUCCGCUGAUGUGGGGGCCAGCCAGCUCACGAGGCCUGGGCAACCUAUCCUCACCCGAGUGCCCCCUCCUAUUCUGCCAAGGCCAUCGCAACAGACCGGGAGCACCGCCCUGAAUACUUUUAGACCUGCUUACAGCAGCUCCUUUUCUUCAGGCUACGGCGGAUAUGGAAAUUCCUUUUAUGGAAAUUCCUACAGCCCUUACAGUUAUGGAUAUGGUGGCAUGGGCUACAACCGGUUUCGGAUGGACGACGUUCCUGCCAGCCGGUUUGUUCAGCAAGCAGAAGAAAGUAGCCGGGGGGCGUUUCAGUCCAUCGAAAGCAUCGUGCACGCCUUCGCCUCGGUCAGCAUGAUGAUGGAUGCCACCUUUUCGGCCGUCUACAACAGUUUCCGAGCAGUUUUGGAUGUAGCCAAUCACUUCUCCCGUCUCAAAAUACACUUCACCAAGGUGUUUUCAGCUUUCGCGUUGGUCCGAACGAUAAGGUACCUCUACAGGCGGCUGCAGAGGCUGCUGGGUUUGAGAAGGAGCUCGGAGAAUGACGAUUUGUGGGCGGAAAGUGAAGGAACUGUGGCCCGCCUCGGCUCCGAGGAAAAGGCGGCCAACUCCGCAAAAUCGUGGCCCAUUUUCCUGUUCUUUGCUGUUGUUCUUGGGGGGCCCUACCUCAUAUGGAAGCUGCUAUCCACCUACACAGAUGACGAAACAGUUUCCAGUAAUUGGGCAAGUGGAGAGGACGAUCAUGUCGUUGGGAGAGCAGAAUAUGACUUCAAUGCUGUUUCAGAAGAAGAAAUUUCGUUGCGUGCUGGUGAAAUGCUAAAACUAGCACCCAAAGAACGACAGCCCAAAAUACGUGGCUGGCUUUUGGCCAGCCGUGAUGGCCAGACAACAGGACUUGUACCAGCUAAUUAUGUCCGAAUACUCGGCAAAAGGAAAGGGAAGAGAACCACAGAGCUGGAGAAAGUUACGGAGCAUCAGCCAACAGUUCCCAAUGUCACGUUGGUCCAAGGAGCCACGGCGGCUGACACUUUGGAGGAGCAAGAAGCUGCCUUUGAGUCUGUUUUUGUGGAAACCAAUAAAGUUCCCGUCACAUCCAGCUCUUCUGUGCAUGGUGGAGAUAUACAGGACCUUUGAUAUGUUUGAAGAUUUAUCAAAGUGGGUUGGAGUGUACUCACCAGUAAUACUGUAGGGUAGCUAUUUGGUAACGAUGUAGCGGAACACUGUUGUUGACUGUAUCUGAUAACUUGCUAUUCACACCUGGUGGGGUCAUAGGGAGGGAAGUUAUUGGCCCAAACAUUGUGCUUGAUUCAUCUAGCGUUGGCCAAUUGGGUUGGGUACGCUCAGGUGAGUUUUAAAGUCAAGGCUUGGCGGCUUGUCCCACUCAGCUGAAGGAGCUAUGCGUAAAGGUACUUGAGAUAGUUCUUUGCUGUGAAGUCCUCGGUGACUGAAGAAUCUACUCAGUAAGUACCAUUGCGGUGGUUCUGAGAGGGAUUUUUUUCAGAGUCUUUAAGUAUACUGUGAGAUCUCCCCACCACCACCAAACCAUUUUUGAGGUGGAGGGAGAAUCUCUAGUUCAUGGAAAAGUCAGUAUCAACAGGAAAACAUCUAGAGAGAAAAAUUAAUUUAUUUCCACCAGUUAGUAAGUCUCUAUGAAAGGUGUUUAGAACUGGCAGCAAACCCACCUAGUUGUAGUUCUAAGAUGUGUGCUGCCAGAUCCCCUGGUCUUCUUUUCAUACUUAAGCAUUCUCCUUAUGAACCUUGAAAACUGCUCCUUUAUGCUAGUCCACAUCCCUACACUUGAAGCCCCGUAUAAUCCUUCGCCUGGACUGGUAGGCAAUUGCUCUUUAACUAGAAAAGCUACAUCACCGCUUGUCCUUUCAGCUCAAGUAUCUAACACCUUUUGCCCCGUCUUUUUCCUGCAGCCUGCAAUUCGAUCUGUCAAGAAUACCUCACUGAGGCUCAAACUCAACAUUGGAUGGCAGCAGAUAUGUAUGUUUUAAAGUUAGAUCUGUCACCAUCACAUGUAGUCUGAGCCUGAGUAGUUGGUAAAGAUCAUACCUAUUUUUUUCCCCUCUGGUUAGUUCCUUAAAAUUGCAAAUGUUAAGUUGUCUAGCGUAUCACCUGACAUUCUACAUAAGCAAACAUACAGUAGUUGCAGUGCUAAGAAUACUAAGCUUGAUAUUUGCUUCUGGCAUGAAAAUAAUACUUCUGUUCAUAAAAAUCAUGUUUACUUUUGUGUUGAGGCCAUACUAGUAUGGAUAGAAAAAACAAGUUUAUUCUGAGAAAGCGAGUGAUAAACUAAUCUCAGGGUGUAAUUUAUUGGAUAUAGUGGUAAAUCAGACUUUAGAGCUUAAUAGUGUCUCUAACUAAAAAUACCAUGAACUUGCCAUGCUACAAAAUUUCAUACCCAUCUUCUCUAUAGACCAUCUAAAAAUAAUUUUCUGAAAUUGAAAAGUGCAUCUUAGAUGUCCUUAUCUUACAUCAAAAUCCUGCUUAGAGCACCAUCUCCAGUUUCACUGCAAGACAAUUGGCAUAAUAAUUUAAGGGCUCACUUGCACUCAUUUCUGAACAAUUUUGUUUGCUGGUGUAAAUCGCAAUGCAGGUUAGUGAACAAUGUAAAAUAGUUAGCACAAUCUGGUAGGUUUUCCAAACCAAUUAGGUUCACUCACAGCUUAACUCGUGUGCUCAGGUCCGAGAGAUGGAAAUAAACUUUGAUCCCUUUCUGUUUAAUAAUGGAGCACUGCAAUGGUUUCUUGAGAAAAUGUGAAAUGACUCCUUCAGUGAGAUAGCAGCUGUGUGGGCCAGGAGUAGUUUCAUAAUCAGCAAGUCUUGAGCAAGCAUACACAACAGACGCUUGGCUGUUCACAUAAGUAGGUAUCGAAGCCUCUCUGCCACAGAGAUGGUCACCUCAAUUUCCUUUCUGAAACAUACUAGGAAAGUUAGGUAGGUAUCUAAUACCUGAGACUAAAAAGUAUUUCAUUUUUUUCAAGUGUCCAUUGAAAAUUCAAACUGGGCGGAGUGGGCAGGGUGUUUCAAAUUUCCUUAAGACUUCAAAUCUUUUCAGUUUGUGAGAUCUCAACGUUAUCCUUUAAUGUAAAUAAGUCACGAUUGACUGACAGACUUUUAGCCUGUCCUAAAAACGUUUACUUACGUGCCACUGAAUUUGAUGGGUCUUAUUUCCUAGGAAGUACACUUGGGUUUGCUGUCCUGAUCUUUCUUUGAAUUUGCUUAGCUAUAACAAGUAUCAUAUCUGUGCAUAUCACACUUCAAAUAGUUAAGUAUGGAUCGUGAACACUGACAACUGACCCUUUGAUUUUGUACUCGUUUUAAUGGAGCCAGAAUGAAAAUGGUUGUAAUGAUUUGAAUUUCACUCAAGAUGUUAUCAUGCAGUUGGAUUUAACCUGUAUAAAUCUAUUAAAAUUCAUUGAAACUA